AGCAGACCAUGCAGCACAACAGCUGCUGGACUUCAACCAGAAAUUGGAUAUCAACUUGCUGGAUAAUGUGGUGAACUGCCUAUAUCAUGGCGUGGGACCUCAGCAAAGAAUGGCGCAGGAAGUGUUGACACACUUAAAAGAGCAUCCAGACGCGUGGACAAGAGUGGACACCAUCCUGGAGUUCUCGCAAAACAUGAACACCAAAUACUAUGCUCUUCAGAUACUGGAAACAGUUAUCAAAACAAGAUGGAAGAUUCUGCCCCGAAAUCAAUGUGAAGAUGCCUGAAUUUUGUUCAAGUGGCAAACCCAGUGCAGGGCGACCGGCAAGUAUAAAAAAGUAUGUUGUUGGGCUCAUUAUUAAGACUUCAUCGGAUGCUUCAAGUGUAGAGAAAGAGAAAGUGUACAUUGGAAAGCUGAACAUGAUCCUGGUUCAGAUCCUAAAGCAGGAGUGGCCCAAACACUGGCCCACAUUUAUCAGUGACAUUGUAGGCGCCAGCCGCACCAGCGAGAGCCUCUGUCAGAACAACAUGAUCAUCCUAAAGCUGCUCAGUGAGGAAGUCUUUGACUUUUCCAGCGGACAGAUGACCCAGGUCAAGGCAAAGCACCUGAAAGACAGCAUGUGCAAUGAAUUCUCCCAGAUUUUCCAGCUUUGCCAGUUUGUCAUGGAAAACUCCCAGAAUGCCCCUUUGGUCCACGCUACCCUGGAGACGCUCCUGCGUUUUCUCAACUGGAUCCCACUGGGAUACAUCUUUGAAACCAAACUAAUCAGCACGUUGGUGUAUAAGUUCCUGAACGUUCCCAUGUUCCGAAACGUGACGUUAAAGUGCCUGACGGAGAUCGCCGGCGUGAGCGUGAGCCAGUACGAGGAGCAGUUUGUUACCCUCUUCACUCUGACCAUGUGUCAGCUCAAACAGAUGCUGCCGCUGAACACCAACAUCCGGCUGGCCUACGCCAACGGGAAAGACGACGAGCAGAACUUCAUCCAGAACCUCAGCCUGUUUCUGUGCACGUUCCUCAAAGAGCACGGACAGCUCGUCGAGAAGCGGCUCAACCUCAGAGAGACACUAAUGGAGGCACUCCACUACAUGCUCCUGGUGUCGGAGGUUGAAGAGACGGAGAUCUUUAAAAUUUGUCUGGAGUACUGGAACCACUUGGCUGCUGAACUUUACAGAGAGAGUCCGUUCUCCACGUCUACGUCCCCCCUGCUCUCAGGCAACCAGCACUUUGAUGUGCCGCCUCGCAGACAGCUCUAUCUCCCCGUUCUCUCCAAGGUGCGUCUCCUGAUGGUGAGUCGGAUGGCUAAGCCGGAGGAAGUGCUGGUGGUGGAGAACGACCAGGGGGAGGUGGUCCGGGAGUUCAUGAAGGACACGGAUUCCAUCAACCUCUACAAGAACAUGAGGGAAACCCUUGUUUACCUGACUCACUUGGAUUACGCGGACACAGAGCGCAUCAUGACGGAGAAGCUUCACAACCAGGUGAACGGGUCUGAAUGGUCCUGGAAAAACCUCAACACGUUGUGCUGGGCCAUCGGGUCCAUCAGCGGCGCCAUGCACGAGGAAGACGAGAAGCGAUUCCUCGUUACUGUCAUUAAGGAUCUGUUGGGUCUGUGUGAGCAGAAGAGAGGAAAAGACAACAAGGCCAUCAUCGCUUCCAACAUCAUGUACAUCGUCGGCCAGUAUCCCCGCUUCCUUAGAGCUCACUGGAAGUUCCUUAAAACCGUCGUAAACAAGCUGUUUGAGUUCAUGCACGAGACCCAUGACGGCGUCCAGGACAUGGCGUGCGACACCUUCAUCAAGAUAGCGCAGAAGUGCAGACGCCACUUCAUCCAGGUCCAGGUGGGCGAGGUGAUGCCGUUCAUCGACGAGAUCCUGAACAACAUCAACACCAUCAUCUGCGACCUCCAGCCGCAGCAGGUUCAUACGUUUUACGAGGCGGUGGGUUAUAUGAUCGGAGCCCAGACGGACCAGGCGGUCCAGGAGCAUUUGAUAGAAAAAUACAUGCUGCUGCCCAAUCAGGUGUGGGACAGCAUCAUCCAGCAGGCCACCAAGAACGUCGACAUCCUGAAGGACCCGGAGACGGUGAAGCAACUGGGCAGCAUCCUGAAGACCAACGUCCGGGCCUGCAAGGCCGUGGGUCACCCGUUCGUCAUCCAGCUGGGCCGGAUCUACCUGGACAUGCUCAACGUCUACAAGUGCCUCAGCGAGAACAUCUCUGCCGCCAUUCAGACCAACGGUAUGGGUGAGAUGGUGACGAAGCAGCCGCUUAUCCGGAGCAUGAGGACGGUGAAACGAGAGACGCUGAAACUGAUCUCAGGCUGGGUUAGCCGAUCGAACGACCCGCAGAUGGUCGGAGAAAACUUCGUGCCGCCGCUCCUGGACGCCGUCCUCAUCGACUAUCAGCGCAACGUUCCGGCGGCCCGAGAGCCUGAGGUUCUCAGCACCAUGGCAACCAUCGUCAACAAGCUGGGAGGUCACAUUACCAGCGAGAUCCCGCAGAUCUUCGACGCCGUGUUUGAGUGCACGCUAAACAUGAUCAACAAGAACUUUGAGGAGUAUCCAGAACACAGAACCCACUUCUUCUACUUACUGCAAGCGGUGAACUCUCACUGCUUUCCAGCAUUCCUCGCCAUCCCCCCCGCCCAGUUUAAACUGGUGCUGGACUCCAUCAUCUGGGCCUUCAAACACACCAUGAGGAACGUGGCCGACACCGGUCUGCAGAUUCUCUACACGAUGCUGCAGAACGUGGCGCAGGAAGAGGCCGCGGCGCAGAGCUUCUACCAGACGUACUUCUGCGACAUCCUGCAGCACAUUUUCUCCGUGGUCACCGACACGUCACACACCGCCGGUCUGACGAUGCACGCCUCCAUCCUAGCCUACAUGUUCAACCUGGUGGAGGAAGGGAAGAUCACGGUGGCUCUGAACCCCGGCAGUCCCACCAACAACCAGGUGUUCAUCCAGGAAUACGUGGCCAACCUGCUGAAGACGGCGUUCCCCCACCUACAGGACGCUCAGGUGAAGAUGUUUGUGACGGGGCUGUUCAGUUUAAACCAGGACAUUCCUGCGUUCAAGGAGCACCUGAGGGACUUCCUGGUGCAGAUAAAGGAGUUUGCAGGCGAGGACACCUCGGACCUGUUCCUGGAGGAAAGGGAAGCGUCGCUCCGUCAGGCCCAAGAGGAGAAACACAAGAUCCAGAUGUCGGUACCGGGCAUCCUGAACCCCCACGAGAUCCCGGAGGAGAUGUGCGACUGAGCUGCAGCUCAGGCAAAACUUGUACAGUAUCCAAACAACAACAACAAACCCCCGAUCACAACAAAACCUAAGAGAGGCACUUGGUGGCGUACGGUGGGAGUUAGCCCAGCCCAGCCUCUGCAGCGCGGGCUGUCCCUCCGGAUGUUUGUUGACCAAAAUAAUGCCAAUAAUAUCUUGUAAAUGAUUAGCGCGUCACUCUGUGGCCCCUUUUUACAUAACUCUGUGUUUUUGUAUGGAGACUUUUUUGCGUAUUAACUUUCCGGCGGUAACGUUGUCGGUGGUCUCUGGUCCAUCCCAGACCUGCAUGAUAAACUUGUAACAAUCGGUUGGAGGGCAAAGAUUUGUUUUUUGUUCACCUUUUGAUUAUGUUUCCCAGUUCUUCCUGUUUUUUUUUUUUUUCUGCAACACGUGUUUGUAUGUAAAUAUCUUCUGUUAGCGGCGUCGCGCCGGCAGAAGCUUCAGAUGAUCAUGUUUCCUUGGAAUGUGAAUCUAACAGAAAACGAAUGAAGGCUCUGUUGCUCAUAAGUUCUAGUAAAACCAACCUGCUAUCAGCAGAGGGUAUUUUUUCCUCUUUUUUUGUUCGUUUUUAGGGAAAACCGGAUUUGUGCAUAUCAUCCCAAUUGUAUAGCAUCUUGAAUACCAUGGGAACACUGUUUUUUCUUUUAUUCUUUUUUUUGUGGGUGUGUGCGUGCGUGUGUGUGCUGUCGCUCAGUCGACAUCGGCGUUUCGUUUUCCUCUAAGAGGAUUGUUCAUCAUGGGGAUGUUUUCCGGACGAGGCGGGGCGUAUUUAUGGGUUCCUGGUUGGUUGGUCGCUUCUUUAUAACGACUCCUGUUUAACUCAGAUGGCUUUCACCAUUUUAUUUUUUUGAACUGUACUAAUUUAGAUUGUUUACCAUGCAGUAGUGCGUCAGGACACUACCUGACAGAGCAAAUUUUAAUAAAUAAAUAAAUAUGGGUUUACAUUUAAUUUUCUAUUUUGUUUUGGAUAUUUUGUUUGUAGCUGAUUUAAAGUUCUGUCCAAAUAAACAAAGACGCUUUUUGAACCUGGUAGAACCUGAAUUGCCAACGAGUUUAAUUGAGAAAGAAUGUAUAAAUCCAAAUAAGCACCCAAUCGCUAACGGCUAAUCUCCCUUCUCGAGGUGUUACUUUGUUGUGAACUUUUUGAACUGAUUAAAGUUGAGAAUUUUAUAACCACG